UUCCCUCAUCUCCUUACUUGCUUUGGCCCUGGUGGCCUGAAAGGACACCUUCUGUGCAACGCCGCUUCUUUUUCGAAGGCACACGAUGUUCGCCAGGCGCGGAUCCUCGUGGCUUCCUCUCUUUUUCCUACUUCCAGUUGUCUAUGUGGCUGGUUCCACAACAGGCACUUCUGCUCCAACGACAACUGCACAUGUCGCAACUGCUGUCGCUACGUCUACCCACCAGUUUGCUUUUACGACAGCGGCUCCCUUACCUCGAGGUGGCGAUGGUGGCAUAUCUGAAGGUGACGGUACCGGAAACUGCCCGAUUGGAGGUAAUUAUAUCCCUUCCGAAUUUACGCCCAACCCCUACUGCUGGUACCGUGACGACUACGCCAACGUGCCGUGGCCCUACAAAGACAUCAGUGAAGACCAGUGGAAGGCCGGGCACCCGAAUACCAUUGUGGAUUCGACAUUAGCAACCCCCUUCAGAACUCCUGUGCCGCCUCCGCCGGCCAAAAGUCCACCGCCACCACCGACGUCGAAAUCUCAGCCUUCGUCAACUGCUCCCGCUUGUCCUCGGCCGUCCGCCAGUAAGAGGGACGAACGAGACGAACUUUACGCCCGCGCCGAGAAAAGGCCUAGCACUCCUGGCGUCACCAAGCCGAGACCUGCGAAAAGUCCAAAUUUGGGAAAAGGCCCAGAUCGUGAAGAAGCUCUAUGCAAGGGAAAGGGAAAAGAUCCUAAGAAACGCCAGGAUGCGCUCGUGCUCCGGACGCCAAAUUAUGGUGAUUACUGCCGACAACCUAAAACAAAGGGCACCAUAUCAUACAAGUACAAGGAGGUGGACUCCAAAAGUCUCAUCGGGGAGAUUCGCGACGCCGGAAACGAGUGGAACCCGGGUGGUAGGCAAGGGUCAAAUCCUAAAGACGAUGCUGGCCAGUGCGAUCACUAUGUGGAGCUACAGUGGUUCAAGUUCCAACUCACCGGCCUAGUGAAAGCCACUGAGUCCUCUUGCACAGGAGAUGUCGACGUUUGGGAGGACGUGUGUACGAUUUUGCGAAAGGACGAGAACCGCCAAAUACUGUUGGAUAUCCUGAACAAGGCCCAGAAUUUGCAUGGAGUUCCGCUGACCAUUAAUCAGCUCAAGAAGCGCAUGACGGGCCUGAUUCUUCAGACGCGAUUCUUAGGGCAACCGUUGCCCAUUCUCAAAUGGUCGUUCGACAAAGAGGAACCUCAAUUCAACUUUGCCAAGUCGUGGUUGGGGCUGGCCUAUUAUCUGGAGCUACACCAGAAAGAAGCCAAGGCGACAGCAGGUGAGCUCGAAGCAGCAGUUGCAAAGCUCUUUGCGGGCACAUACAUCCAACAGCCUUCGGGUUGGGCAGAUCAGCUCGACAAGGAUUGGUACAAUAUGCGCAACACGAUCCAUGCCCAAGAGCCCUACGUCAUGGCCGCCGUCGAAAAAAACUGCGGAGAGAAUCCGAACGUGCCCAACAAUAACCACCAAAAGGAUGCUGACGGCUGCUGCGGGGACCAAACCAGAGCUGCACAAGACAAGUCAGCCCCUCCUCUCUUCACAGAGUUGCAGGCACAACAGCAAAUUCCCGAGGAUCAAUGCUGCUCUCCGAGCGAGUAUUGCUGCAAGGGCGCCCAAAAGUCAUCGGCUCCUUCCUCUCGGCGCCGUGACGAGAUGCUCCGCCGACCUGCUUUUGCCGGAAACCGCAGGCAGGACAGAUCGUGCAAGAGAGAAGAUGAGGAGGAAGAGGAUGACAAAAAGCACAAUAACGAUAAGCCCGUCACUGUCAAUCCUGCUGUCGUCGCCGCUGGAGCCAGCGCGGUGUAUCCCCUCGCCGCUGCUUUUGGCGUAGGCCUAGCCUCCGUGUCUCUGUUAGAGAACAACAAGUCAACCAAGGCCGAAGUCCAAGAGGCAGUCGGACCAAAGCUCGUCGACCUUGUCAAUAACGAAUUUAAGCAGUUUGCUACCGAUCCCAAGAAUCACACCGAGGCUGUGAAGAUAAUCGAUGGACCGAGCAAGGAUGCUUACGACUUGUCUCCCGCUGACUCGGAUGAAGACCCGUACGCAGUCGUAAUCUCUGAUGAAGGGUCCAUGUAUCCUGAUGGAUCUGUCUUCAUUGAAAAGAAAACUACAUGCGAGUGGAUACGAGAUGCGCUCGAGACGAUGCUCGUGGCCGCCAAUCUCAAGACGAGCUUCUUGCCUGCAUGCCCCAAAUGAUGUCUUCCUCACACCUCCUGGUGGUUGCGUGCUCUAAUGUCUCAAUGAUUCUAGGAUCCGGUGAUUCAAAUUCUGUCACUUCUUAUCAAGCAGCUCGAAACGAGAGCUGUAAAUCUCUUCAUUCCUUUUCAUACGCUUGGAAUUCAUCGACGGUUUACUUGG